GCCGGCAGCGGCCUCUGCUCCCGGGGCAGGCCGGAAGGAGUCCGCUCCCUCGCCAUGCAGCACAGCGCGGCGCCCGCCGUGCUGGUCACCACCAGGUACCGGCCGGGCUCGGGGCGGCGGGCGCCGGGGGGUUGCUGAGGGCGCCGUUCCCCGGCUCUGGGUUGUUUGGGGCCGGUGCUGCCCUGUGAGGUUUUGCGACGUUCCGCGGCCGGAAGAGGUCCGUGCUGUCAGCUCUUCCGUCCCUGUCGGUUGUUCCGCCCUGUGGUGGCUCGGACCUCCCGCGCCCAUCUGCUGGGGCGUAACGUAAAGCCGCUUCAGGCACACGAACUUCAGAGCCCUUCCCUUCGUCCUAAAGGGCUUAACUGGUCAGGUUGGAAAAGACCUCCAAGAUCAGGCAAAUUCAGAAUACACACACUGGGCUGGAUUUGUCAGUGCCAGAAUACCAGGAGGUCCGUGGGAAGAUGAUGUCUGGCCACGUGGAGUACCACAUUGUCGUCGUUACCCGACUGGCUGCCUUCAAGUCAGCAAAGCACAAACCUGAGGAUGUUGUUCAGUUUAUGGUGUCCAAGAAGUACAGCGAGAUAGAGGAGCUCUACCAGAGACUGUCAGCACGGUAUCCACAUGCUUCUCUCCCACUCUUGCCUAGAAAAGUUCUCUUUGUGGGAGAAUCUGACAUCUAUGAACGAAGAGCAGUGUUCAAUGAUAUCAUGAAAUUCAUCUCAAAAGAUGAGGAUCUAGCAACGAGCCCUGAGUUACUGGAAUUUUUAGGAACAAAAUCUACUGGUGUCAUUGACUUCAAGGGUAAAAACAUUCCUGACGACAAAGAGCAAGAAGAUGAAGAAAAUGAUGCAUUGGAUUUUUUCAAAGAGGAGAAGACACCUGACUUGAUUUCAAAGCUUGCAACACUGGAGAAUGCCAAGAAAGAAGAGAAAAAAGAAGAGGAAGAGGAGGAAGAAGAUUUAGAUCCUCUUGGUAUAAUCAGAACUAAAAAAACAAAGAAGGCAUCUGCUCCUCCAGCCAAGGAAGAGAAGCACAAAUUAAUCAUUUUUGAAGAGGAAGUAGACCCGAAUGAGGGUCUGUUUGGCCCAGAGAAAGAUUUCUCAUCACUUGGUCCCAGGAAGAAGAUAAAAGAGAAUGUUAAAUUAUUUGAAGAUCCAGACCUUGGUGGAAUGGUGAAAUUGGGCGACUCACUGCUGUUGCCAGCUGCCUGUGAGAAAAGGGAGCACAUUCUGAACACAGCUCCUGAGGAGGACACUGAGGAACUGCUAAGAGUUGAAGAUGAUUUAGAAAAGCUCUUGAAAUUAACCUCCAAACCAAAACCUAAGGUACCACCAAAACCACCACUGCCUCAGAAGACAGCACUUUUCCCUGGAAACACAAAUUCAUCUCCACUGGCAAAGCCAAAGGAAGACAAAAUUCAGACAAUGAAUGAAGUGGACAUUCUCCAGUAUAUCCAGGAAAACGAAUCCAUCAAUGACCAAGAUACAAGUCUUUUCUAAAUAGAUCUCUUUUUAAUAUGUAAUCAAUACCUUCUUGACCCAAAUUCCUUGUGAGCUCAAAUGACAGUAUCUGAAAUCGGCCAGAUCUCUUUAUUGCCACUGUGCUCUUUUGUGUACCACCGCACAGAGAGCAGCAGAUUUGGCUAUCAAAGGUUCAAUGUGAUGUUUUCAAAACAAUGCAAUUGAGGUAUAACAUUGCCUUAGCUUUUCAGGGCUUUAGAGAAUAUGGGCAAGGGCACAGCACUACAGAUUAUGCCUACUGCUAUUUUAGUAUCAGCAUAAUAAAAUUUUGUCCAGUUUAGUCCAGACUAUGCAAUUGUAUUGCACAAAUGGCAAGCAUGAACAAUAUCCAACAAAGGGUAAGGGAGGACAGGAUGCUUUUCCUGUCAUUUUAGGCAUUUCAGCUCACUGGAAAGGUAAUUUUGCUUUUUUCCUGUGCAUUUUUAUAGCAGCCUUUUCCUCCUUGGCUGGCAUUUCAGAAUUUUAUAACCAGUAACUGUUAAGUAUGGUUAGCAGUUCCUCUCUAGUUCAGAGAAAUACUGAAAUCCCAGCUAAACCUGACUGUUCUGUUGCCUUUGUUGCAUAAAUGCCAGCUUAGAUGAGAACUUGUAGGAUGGCAAACAGUAGACACUAUGCAUCCCUGGCCCCUGGGGGAGAUAGCAAGGGGCUGAGGAUGGCUAAGGGUGCAGCUCCAGACAUGCACAUAAGUUGCAGCAUGUAGGAGAUUUGGAUGCUGUAGGACUCUUCUGAACCUACACAAGAUACACAAGGGCUAUUUUUUUUUCCAGGCAUGUCUUCCUGCAUUUCUGCUGUACUUGGCAAAAGGAAAGAGAUUUCUGCAGGAGUUGAUUCAGUGCAGGUGUCCUAAUAGAUGAACUCUGACUUGCUGUCUGGAGUCACUCUCUCUCUUUUCCUUCCCUUCUCCCAUGAGUUCAAGCAGGAUCCGUGGUGAUUAAUUCCACUACAUUAGAAUUAUUAAAUAUUUCAUACAUCGCUAAAUAUUUCAUAAACAGCGAUACGUUCCUUACUGUGGCAAUCUUGGUAAAGGGAGGACAGACUUGGGAUUAUACAAAAUAAAAACAUAGGAAGAAACUGUACUGGGGGAAAUUUAAUGUGCAGGAAUAGUAAGAAAAGCAUGUUAGAACAAGAGUUCCAUACUACUCUUCCCCACCUCAAGCACUCUGGUUGAAUGGCUGAAUUUACCCCCGUUGUGGGUUGAUAUAUAUGCUGUCAGGUGGAGACUCCUGAACUCAUUCCACAUGUGUCGUAUCCGAAUGUGAAGGCAAACUCCCCAGGCAGAAAAUCUUAAUAUAUUUAAGCCAUAUCACUAUCCCCAAAUUUGCCUUUAUAAUAUAGAACAAAAUGAAUAGAAAGCAUUAUAUAUAUUUAAAAUAAAUGAAAUUAUCUCUUUCAUUAUUUCUUUUUUUAAGCCAAUGUAAAAUAUUAUAAUGGUUUUUUAGUUUGAUAGAACGAGUACAACAUAACCAUUGCCUAUGUAAAAUAUGUUUCAGUACAAUAAAAAAAAUCUGCUAACCUGCAGAAGUUACUAUUUUUGUUCUCUAGGUUGUGCAAAAGCAGCAGAUUGGAGUUAAAGAAUGGAUUCCGUGGAAUUAAAGUGCAAGCUGAGCUAAAACCCUGUGUAAAUAAGUAUGAAACCAGGAAUGUAGCUAUGCUCAUAUUUCCUUUCAGAGCAGCUAAUGGUGGAGAACAAAGGCACAAAGGAAAGAUGACUUGCCAGAGACGCUGGAGGGAGUAGCAGAGGAGGACUGAAGUCAGGACAGCCUUCCUGUUGCACAACCUGGUGUCAUGAGCCAACCACUGCUUAUUUAACUGAGUACUGAGGGAUCUUCAUCUCCACUUUAUGCAGCACUGCACAGGAAACUGACUGUAUUUCUGUAUUUUUGGUCUGCAGCCUGGCACUUGACCUGAAGACUGCUAAAUCUACCACAUGGAGGGGCGUGGAUUUAACAAUCAGUAUACUGAGUGCAGAUCUCCACCCUUAGUGAAGGUUCAACACGGGAAAAUUAUUAAGAUUUCUUCCAAUAAGUUAGCAAAAUAAUAGAAUACAGAGCUGGCAGGGGUCUGUGAAGACCAGUUUGUCCUGCCUAAAGCCAGAACAUCUGGCCUGUGUGGACUGGUAGCAGCUCUUACUGUUGUGGACAGGGUGUUAUUGGUGUGAGGUUGCUGCUGGUGCCAGAGCUGAAGAAGGUGACUGAACACAGGCAGACUGAAGAGAUCCUUGAGCAUGGCUGGUGAUUUUUUCUUGCAGUGGCUGUAAUUAUGCCUAUGUGUUCUCUCUCACAGGCAUUUUUCUAACCUGCCUGUAAAAGUGUGGCUUGGCAGAGUGCUGGAGAUGUCACAGCCUCCGUGAGGGUUCUAUUAUAGUUCUGGGCCAUCCUAUUAGAAAUCUUUUCCUACUGUCCCAUAUAACUGUUCCUUACUGCAACAUGAAUUUGUAGUCUGUAAUUCUCAUCAGCACAGAAAAGAACAAAGUAUGCCUCUCAGUCUGUUUUCUAGACUGAACACCCACCCAGUGAGGGAGGCAGCAAACCAGGUCAGGACAUCACUGCAAUACCACCUUCCCACACCUCAGUGUGUCCUGGCCGAGUGUUGUCAUCUCACAUUGGAUUUAGAAUUGCUACAUACUCACAUACCAAUUUGCCAGCAUCCCACACCCCUUCCUUAGCACUUGGUGUGGUGCCACAGUCUGCAGCCUUUGUUCUAGAUGGGAUUAUAUUUUGCUUUCACCUUUCCUCACAACAGUGGCAUCUGUCUGCCUGCCACCACCUCCAAGCACUCAGAAGUGGCUCACGCUUUUGCAAAGCAGUGGGAGGGCAGAUAUUAUGCAUGACUGUUAUAAUCAUGGGAACGUUCCCAGUAAUACUGAUGAAACAGCAGUAUAGCAAUAUCCAUUUAAACUGAGGAAGGACUAUUUGGUCCUCAACCCUUCCCUGAAUUGCUAAAUUACCCAACCAGCACAGGGAAGGAAGAGCUGUUAAUUGUUUCCUGUGGUAGAUUUUUAAGAUGAUUUCAAGGUCUGUUUUACUUCAGAAAAAAAACCUCUUUUCUAUCAAGGAACUGAUGUAAAAGGAUCCUUCAUAAAUCCCAGUGUUACGCAUUUGUUUUACAAUGCAAAUGUCUAGCCCCAGUAAUAUUUAUAGGCACUUAGAGGUGAGUUAUAGUCUUUGAAUAAAUUAUAUAUAAUGAAUCAUUAUUAUACAGGAGAAGAAUGUCAGGCAAAUGCAGCUCAGAAAAAAUUGAACAUAUUAUUUGAAAUGACACUGGGAAACCACACAACAUACUUUGCACCCUGCCAGACCAGAGCUUUCCUUUCGCAUACAUCACUCCCAGUAGCAGCUAUUUUAUUAGCCUCCUCUUGACAACUCUAGAAAUUCAAUUACGGACUCUGGUGUAGUUCUUGGCUGACAGGCAUCACCUUUUGACAUUAAUAACAGCAAGCUCAUCAGAAGAUCUGGAAAGCAGUAGAGUUAAAUUUAAACCCUUACAAAAGAUAUUUGCUUUAGUAAUUAGAACUCAUAAUGGGUAUCUCUGUUGAUUUAGAAGCUUCUGCUUGUUUUGCAUAACCUUCUGCUUGUUGUAUGUAUGGUACAGCACUAAUAACAUGGAACUCUAUAUACAGCACUAUUUGGGUCACAGUUAAAAUGCUGAUUUCACUAAUUUGGGUAUUUCACAGAUGAAUGGUGGAUUAUCUGUUUGUAUCAGUUCUGUGCUACAUUUUUAGUAAUGCUAAUUCGCACACAGUAUUUAAGACCUUGCUCAGUCAGUGGCGAUUUGGGCUGGAUAUGGAGAAAUAUAUUAAUUGAAACUGAAACUUCUGCAGUGUAGCUGGGCUUGCUACACUGGAGUACACAAGGCAGCCUGUAAUUUAAGGUCAGGAAAACCCAGCACACUCGUGGGGCACUUAGCAUUAGCUAAUGAAAAGAGACUGUAAAUGACCAAUCCCUGUGGUUGUUAGAUUUAAUGCAGAGUACAGGAAAAGCAUUUUUCUCAUAGAUAUGUGAGUGUCAGUAAUCUCAUCAGGGAUUCCUGACUCUUUGGGCACGUGCAUGUGUGUAUACAUGCACAUGUCAACCACAUUUCCCAUCAAUCACUAUGUGCUCUUAAUUGUGACAGUUUAAACCACUAAGUCAUGAAGAGGGAGGGAUUUUACUGUGACUUGUUAUCUGUAUUCUUAUUCUACAUCUCAACAGCAACAUCUGGACUGAAUGUAUUCAGUUACUUUCUGUAUUGCACCAGUUCUUUGGUUCAUCCUUAAACCCCUGAUCCAAUUUUUCAGCCCUUACCAUAUUUCUGAUCUUCCUUUUUACCCUUCUGCAUGCUACUGUUAUGAAACUCAUUGAACCCAAUGAGAAAUUAAAGUGAAGGAAAAUCA